CUCCCCGCUUGCGACUCGGAAUAUAACAGAUCACAUCACACCACCACCAACAACAAGAUUGAAAACACUUCUUCUUUUGUUUCUUUGACAGAACUAACAAACCCUAAUCUCUGUACCUCAGAUCAUCAACAGUUCUUGUGAAAUUGACUGAAAUGGCCGGAGGUAGAGCAUUGCAGCAGUUACUGAGGGCGAGACUGCAAUUUCAAUCUACUGCCCUUCCGGUUUUGUCAUCCAUCAAGGCAAAGAAUGACAAAGAAGGAACUGUUUACCUGAAGUCGCUAAGAGCAUUUGCACUCCUUGGAGCAGGUGUAUCGGGGUUUUUGGGUUUUACAACAGUAGCCUCUGCUGAUGAGGCUGAACAUGGUUUAGAAAGUCCAGAUUAUCCAUGGCCUCACAGCGGUAUUCUCAGUUCAUACGAUCAUGCUUCGAUUCGCCGUGGUCACCAGGUCUACCAACAAGUCUGUGCAUCUUGCCAUUCAAUGUCCUUGAUUGCAUAUCGUGACUUGGUUGGUGUAGCAUACACGGAGGAGGAAACUAAAGCCAUGGCUGCUGAGAUUGAGGUGGUUGAUGGACCUAAUGAUGAGGGUGAAAUGUUUACUCGUCCUGGAAAACUAAGUGAUCAUUUUCCUAGUCCGUACCCAAAUGAGCAAGCAGCUAGAUUUGCAAAUGGAGGAGCCUACCCUCCAGAUUUAAGUGUUAUUACCAAAGCUCGUCAUAAUGGCCAGAACUACAUAUUUGCCCUUUUAACUGGUUACCGUGAACCUCCUGCUGGUGUGUCUGUCCGAGAAGGCCUGCAUUAUAAUCCUUACUUUCCCGGGGGAGCUAUUGCUAUGCCUAAAAUGCUCAAUGAUGGUGCGGUUGAGUAUGAAGAUGGCGUCCCUGCAACAGAAGCUCAGAUGGGCAAAGAUAUUGUGACCUUCCUGGCAUGGGCUGCAGAACCAGAAAUGGAAGAGAGGAAACUGUUGGGAUUUAAGUGGAUUCUUGUACUCUCUCUGGGAUUCAUUGCAGCAGGUUACCAAAGACGCAUGAGGUGGUCCAUUAUGAAGUCCCGUAAACUUGUGCUCGAUGUUAUCAAUUAAUCAACAGUUUCCGGCUUAUUCCUUGUUUAUGAAGUCUUGAGAACCAGCAGUCAUUGUUACUGUAAAAGGAUCAAGGUUCUUCAAGUGACUUAUUCCUUCAUGUCCCUUUGGUAGUCAUAAUAAAGAUGAAACAUUAUAGAAACAUAGGGAGAAAUAAGAGAUGUGUGGGCAGUCUCUUAAAACCGAAUCCUAUGAACAAGGUAGAAUUCAGAAUAACUAUGUAGCUACAUUUGGUAUCAAAGUACAUUGAUACAGUGUUGAGAUUAGUAAGCUGGAAAAGUGAUAAAAUAAGUCCAUAAAUUAUUUGUAUUUUUGCUGACAUAUUCAUUCACUCCAAAAACAUAGCAAUGUAUGCAACGGAAUAAUCUUAGAACA